ACAUUUUUGGAAAACUAAAUAAGAAAUUCAGGAUUUUUAUUUGACUUAUAAUUUAGAGUAGAUAUUUUUCCUUUCAUAUUUUAAACUAAAUUUUCUUAUGAAUCUUUUUUAGCUUUUUUUUUUUAAUGGAGGCUUUAUAAAAGGAUGCAUAAGCAACCCAUGUAAAAUACUAUCUAUCUUUCAAAAUGUCUUCAAACCCAAACAGAUUCAGCUCUUAUGGGGAUGAUACUACAAACUAUCAUGGUUUUGCUCCCAACUUCAGGAAUCAUAAUUCCAAAACAACUCGAUCGAUGGUCACUACCUCUGAUCACAUGAACCAUAGAGGUUUAUUCUCUUCUUCUCCCUCUUUUUCUUGCUACCAAAAUUCACAUGUCUCUUCAUCUUCUUUUGGAUUGAACAAUUCAUAUAUGAAUUAUCAUAUGAGGAGUGAAAGUGAUUCUGUUCUUGGUGCUAAUUGUUUUCCUAUUACAAAUAAUCCUCAAUAUUCUCAAGUCUCUUUCACCCAAACAAUUACAAAUAGGUUUUCUGCAAUUGUUCCUAGCAAUCAAAUUUACAAUAUCCAAAAUGAUAUUGCACGUGUCCAACAUGACAUGGAUUUUAAAACCAAUAUGUGGAAUCGUCCUACAUCUUAUCGUCCAACCUUUCUUGAUAAAAACUGUGGGAUCUUGAACCCUAAACCUGUUUAUGCCAUUCCUCACCAAGACUCUCCUUAUCGUCAGCAUCUGGACAUGUUUUCUUCGUCAUCAAAGUACAACCAUGACCUACAUGUUCUCCAAGAAGGUCAGUCGUCAAGGAAAAGCCCUAAACCAAACAAAUCUCAUGAUAAUUACAAUUCUGAUGAAGACGGUAUAAGUGAAGAUGUUCAAUAUGAUGGUCGGACACAUAGUUUGCCAUAUGAGAAAUAUGGUCCAUAUACAUGUCCCAAGUGCAAAGGUGUGUUUAACACUUCACAGAAAUUUGCUGCACAUAUGUCAUCGCAUUACAAGAAUGAGACGAAAAAAGAAAGAGAUGAGAGGUAUCGUGCAAGGAUUAAAAAAAAAUAUCACAAACUAAGCAACAAUAUACAUGGUGGAUCUAAGAAGAUCAAACUGGAGACGAUGGAGUAAGUGACAGCGAAGCUUUCAUACCAUUGUGAUGGUAAAGAAAGAGCCUGCUUAGGAGUUCUUUUGUUUAGUGGCUUCCCAACUUAUUUAAUUUAUCUAAAUAAAAUGCAUGUUUCUCCUUUUUAGCCUUUCAUUAUCUAUGCUGUGAAUAUGGUUGAAUGUACGGUACUUGGGCGGAUAAUUGUUAUCUUCUCUCAUUAAAAUAUGACUCAACUGUAUUUUAUAGUACUUUGUUCUUUUAUGGCAUAUCCAACCUAUAGUACUAUUAUUUAUUUUUUUUCUUCAAACGGCUGUUCUAUUACUCAAGUUUGAUGUGGUCUGGGAAACCAGACCGAAACAGAACAACCAAUGUAAUAUUCUAUAGUACUAUUAUAGUGUCAAAAACACACUAUAUUAAUAUAGUUUCAGCACUAAAAAUCAUUUCAUCAUCUCCUAUCGAAUUGAAUGCAACCUUAAACUCUUGUAAAGCAAAGUGUUGACAAGGGGUUUUCGAUAUAUAGUCAAUACCCUUCCCUAUACCCACUCAUCUAAACACUCAUGAAGACAUAAAUGGUUGCUCCUUGACGAUUCAAAUAUUCUUAAAACCAAUGAUAGGUUAGUAAGUGCCAACUUUUAUAAAUGAAACAUGCUGUAUAAACCAUGUACCUAGCUAUCGUC